CAGGAGACACCCGGGAUGCGCGCUGGGCCAACACAGGUCUGCGCUUGGCCUCCCGGUGCGCCCGGCGGGGAGACAGGGACCUCGCUCGCCUGCCCGGGGCUCCCACGCCCUCGGAGACCGCCCGGCGCCCCCGCCGGCCUCACCCCCUCUAAUCCCCUCAGCGGGCAGGAGCGAGCGGAUCCGCGGCCCCGCCCCCAGACCGCCCCAGGGGAGGGGAGGGUCCCCGCCCCCGAACGCGUCGGGGCGGGCGUGGCCGGGCAGGCAGGGCGGGCCCGGAGGCGGGGCGGGCGCGGGCCGGCCCCCACUGGCUGCCGCGCGCCCGGCCGCCUGGACUCAGUGCGCGGUGGCGGCGGCGGUGGCAGCGGCGGGCAGCUGGUGCUGCGCGGUCCCGUCCUGUUCGCCCGGGGACACGGCCGCACCGGCGAGCGGACGGCCGCAGGGCAGGGCGCGGGCGGAGGGCCGCGGGCAGCGAGAGGAAGAAAGGGCAGCGCACAGCGAGCAGGGCGCCGGCGGCCUCCAGAGGUCCCGGGACCGGAGCCCCCCCAGCAGGAGCAGCUGGUGUUUGGCAGCGGGGACACCGUGGAGCUGAGCUGCCACCUGCCUGCAGGCGUCCCCACGGGGCCCACCGUCUGGGCCAAGGACGGGGCGGGGCUGGCGCCCUCGGACCGCGUGCUGGUGGGGCCGCAGCGGCUGCAGGUGCUGAACGCCUCCCACGAGGACGCGGGGGCCUACAGCUGCCGGCAGCGGCUCACCCAGCGCGAGCUGUGCCGCUUCAGCGUGCGGGUGACAGAUGCCCCGUCCUCGGGAGACGACGAAGAUGGGGAGGACGAGGCAGAGGACACAGCAGGGGCCCCUUACUGGACGCGGCCUGAGCGGAUGGAGAAGAAGCUGCUGGCCGUGCCCGCCGCCAACACCGUGCGCUUCCGCUGCCCGGCGGCCGGCAACCCCACGCCGUCCAUCUCCUGGCUGAAGAACGGCAAGGAGUUCCGCGGGGAGCACCGCAUCGGGGGCAUCAAGCUGCGCCACCAGCAGUGGAGCCUGGUCAUGGAGAGCGUGGUGCCCUCGGACCGCGGCAACUACACGUGCGUCGUGCAGAACAGGCUGGGCAGCAUCCGGCAGACCUACACGCUGGACGUGCUGGAGCGCUCCCCGCACCGGCCCAUCCUGCAGGCGGGGCUGCCGGCCAACCAGACGGCCGUGCUGGGCAGCGACGUGGAGUUCCACUGCAAGGUGUACAGCGACGCGCAGCCCCACAUCCAGUGGCUGAAGCACGUGGAGGUGAACGGCAGCCGAGUGGGGCCCGACGGCACGCCCUACGUCACCGUGCUCAAGUCCUGGAUCAGUGAGACUGUGGAGGCCGACGCGCGCCUCCGCCUGGCCAAUGUGUCCGAGCACGACGGAGGCGAGUACCUCUGUCGAGCCUCCAAUUUCAUAGGCGUGUCUGAGAAGGCCUUUUGGCUGCGUGUUCACGGGCCCCGAGCAGCCGAGGAGGAGCUGGCGGAGGCCGGCGAGGCGGGCAGCGUGUACGCGGGCGUCCUCAGCUACGGCGUGGGCUUUCUGCUCUUCGUGCUGGUGGUGGCCGCCGUGACGCUCUGCCGCCUGCGCAGCCCCCCCAAGAAGGGCCUGGCGCCCGCCGUGCACAAGGUCUCCCGCUUCCCGCUCAAGAGACAGCAGGUGUCCUUGGAGUCCAACUCGUCCAUGAACUCCAACACGCCCCUCGUGCGCAUCGCCCGGCUGUCGUCCGGCGAGGGCCCCGCGCUGGCCAACGUCUCCGAGCUGGAGCUGCCCGCCGACCCCAAGUGGGAGCUGCCCCGGGCCCGGCUGACCCUGGGCAAGCCCCUGGGCGAGGGCUGCUUCGGUCAGGUGGUCAUGGCGGAGGCCAUCGGCAUCGACAAGGACCGGACCACCAAGCCCGUCACGGUGGCCGUGAAGAUGCUGAAAGACGACGCCACCGACAAGGACCUCUCCGACCUGGUGUCCGAGAUGGAGAUGAUGAAGAUGAUCGGGAAGCACAAGAACAUCAUCAACCUGCUGGGCGCCUGCACGCAGGGCGGGCCCCUGUAUGUGCUGGUGGAGUACGCGGCCAAAGGCAAUCUGCGGGAGUACCUGCGGGCGCGGCGGCCCCCGGGCACCGACUACUCCUUCGACACCUGCCAGCUGCCGGAGGAGCAGCUCACCUGCAAGGACCUGGUGUCCUGCGCCUACCAGGUGGCCCGGGGCAUGGAGUACCUGGCCUCCCAGAAGUGCAUCCACAGGGACCUGGCCGCCCGCAACGUGCUGGUGACGGAGGACAACGUGAUGAAGAUCGCAGACUUCGGCCUGGCCCGCGACGUGCACAACCUGGACUAUUACAAGAAGACCACCAACGGCCGGCUGCCCGUGAAGUGGAUGGCGCCCGAGGCCCUGUUCGACCGCGUCUACACCCACCAGAGCGAUGUCUGGUCCUUCGGGGUCCUGCUCUGGGAGAUCUUCACCCUGGGGGGCUCGCCGUACCCCGGCAUCCCCGUGGAGGAGCUGUUCAAGCUGCUGAAAGAGGGGCACCGCAUGGACAAGCCGGCCAACUGCACGCACGAGCUGUACAUGGUCAUGCGGGAGUGCUGGCACGCCGUGCCCUCCCAGAGGCCCACCUUCAAGCAGCUGGUGGAGGACCUGGACCGCAUCCUCACGGUGACGUCCACCGACGAGUACCUGGACCUGUCGGUGCCCUUCGAGCAGUACUCGCCCGGCGGCCAGGACACCCCCAGCUCCGGCUCCUCGGGGGACGACUCCGUGUUCGCCCACGACCUCCUGCCCCCCGCCCCUCCCAGCAGCGGGGGCCCGCAGACGUGAAGGGUCCCCGCCUUCCGGCCGAGCCCCCCCCCAAUGUGAGAGUGGUUCCCGGCCCGCCACGCUGCUCUGGGUGUGCCGCCGGCCACCGCGGCCCAGGCUCAAGACCUGGCACCAAUGGACGGAUGGACAAAUA